AUGAGAACAUCAGCCGUCAGCGAGCGCAACCUCUGCGUGGGCGCUGCCCAGGCAGAUACCAUCUAUGAUGAGGAUGAAGUUCUGCUUGCUCUUGCUGAACAACUGGGGAACUUCACCAUGCUGGUUGGAGGCCCUGAAUAUGUGCAUUGUCUCCUUCCCCCUUUGGAGAGUUUGGCUACAGUUGAAGAGACAGUGGUGCGAGACAAGGCAGUGGAGUCCCUGCGGAAGAUCUCCCAUGAGCACUCUCCAGUGGACCUGGAAGUGCACUUUGAGCCUCUGGUGAAGCGUUUGGCCAGUGGAGACUGGUUCACGUCACGUACCUCUGCCUGCGGACUCUUCAGUGUCUGCUACCCACGAGUGUCCAGUACAGUCAAAGCUGAGAUCCGCCAGCACUUCCGUACCCUGUGUUCUGAUGAUACUCCCAUGGUGCGCCGUGCAGCCGCCUCCAAGCUGGGUGAAUUUGCCAAAGUGUUAGAGCUGGAGUAUGUCAAGAGUGACAUCAUUUCUCUCUUCACUGCAUUGGCAUCUGAUGAGCAGGACUCUGUUCGUCUCCUGGCUGUGGAGGCUGGUGUCAGCAUUGCCACUCUGUUGCCUCAAGAGGAUCUGGAAACUCUGGUAAUGCCCACUCUGCGCCAGGCAGCAGAAGACAAAUCCUGGAGGGUUCGCUACAUGGUUGCAGACAAGUUCUCUGAUCUGCAGAAAGCUGUGGGUCCAGAAAUCACAAAGAAUGACCUAGUGCCAGCCUUCCAGAACCUUCUGAAAGACUGUGAGGCUGAGGUUCGUGCCGCUGCUGCAAACAAAGUCAAAGAAUUCUGUGAAAAUUUGCCAGAGGACAGUAGAGAGACGAUCAUCAUGACACACAUUCUCCCCUGUGUUAAGGAACUUGUCUCAGACACUAAUCAGCAUGUGAAGUCUGCGCUGGCGUCAGUCAUUAUGGGCCUCUCCACCAUCUUGGGCAAAGACAACACCGUUGAGCACCUGCUUCCCCUUUUCUUGGCCCAGCUCAAAGAUGAGUGUCCAGAGGUUCGCCUCAACAUCAUCUCCAACUUGGACUGCGUGAACGAGGUGAUUGGAAUCCGCCAGCUUUCCCAGUCUCUGCUUCCAGCUAUUGUUGAGCUGGCUGAGGAUGCCAAAUGGCGAGUACGACUGGCAAUUAUUGAGUACAUGCCCCUUCUGGCUGGACAGCUGGGUGUAGAGUUCUUCGAUGAAAAACUCAAUUCUCUGUGUAUGGCGUGGCUUGUUGAUCAUGGUAGGUUGCUUAUCAGGAAUGCUCUGUCUGAGGUGUGUGGACAGGAGAUUACCACCAAACACAUGCUUCCUGUAGUUUUCAAGAUGUCCAAUGACCAGGUAGCCAAUGUACGCUUCAAUGUGGCCAAGUCUCUUCAGAAGAUUGGACCUGUGCUGGACAGCAACUGUCUGCAGACAGAGGUGAAGCCAGUGCUGGAGAAACUGGCAUCAGAUCAAGACAUGGAUGUGAAAUAUUUCGCCCAAGAGGCCAUCAGUGUUCUUUCCCUGGCCUAAUGUACCUACUUGCUGAACGUAAGACCCAUCUCUCAAGUUGACCUGCAUUGUAUUUAUUGACGUCCAGGAUCGUCCUCUGGACUGUUUAUGGAUAAACAAUGUGCUCUGUUCCCUUUCAGUGAGAAAUGUUUUAGGGAUACUUGGCUUCUCUCAGUGUUUUGUUCAGCUGUUAACCAAACACCAUCUUGCUCUUCAUUCUCUCCCGCUGAGCCCCUCUUGCUCUGUGUAUCUUCACUUGCUAACCCUCAGCCUAGGGUCACAUACUAGUUUUAUUAUCAGUGUAACAAUGUAUUGAAGCAUCAUAGGUUUAGAAAAAUAGAUGUUUUGAGGAAUCAGAUCUGAUGGACUGAAUCUCUUUUGCUCUUACUGCUGAUUUUAAGAGUUGCCCCAUGCAUGCGCACAGCAUGACAAAGGGGCGAAUCACUACUGCACCUUUCAUUUGAUUACGGUGUUCCCAUGCCACGUCUUACACUGAUCGUUGUUGAACCAAGACCCCAUAAAGCACUAGCCCCAUGGCCGUUCUUUAGUGGAGGGCUCUGAUACUAUUCCCCUAUUCUCAAAGUGCUUAUCUUCUUAAAGGGACCAUGACAAAUUUCCAUCUGCUUCCUGCAACUGUUAUAACAGGGGAUGGGCAUUCCUAAACAGCCCUUUUUAUCUUCAGAAGGCAAGCUUCUUCAUUCUGUGCCAUUGACCGUGUUGCACAUUUUCUCUUUUUGUUUUGUUUUUAACUUGUGUCCUUUAUAUGAAUGCAUCUGCAUGCCUCUUGCACACAGGUUCCAUAGACCAUCAGUAUAUUGAGAAGCUCAUGAAUCAGAAGGCAUCCUAAACUCCCUCCCUUAACACAUUGCUUCUGCCUGUGAUGUUGACUGUCCGAUUCUUCUUCAGCUUCAGAGUGCAGUCAAUAUAGUAGUAUCUUCUAUGUUAUGAGUGUCAUUAGAAUGUGCUUUGGGUUUUAUUUGAAUAUGGUCACAUUGCCCUUGAUAGAAGGGAACUCAAUAAAGAAUGUUAUAUAACCCCA